AAAAAUCAUAUCGAAACCCGAUCAGCCCAUUAAGAGGCCAUGGUUAGGUUACGUUCGGACGGCACCUUCUUCUUCAUCAUUAAAUUCAGAAAAAAUGAAGGAACCCUUUAACUCAAUUGCAACUUCGAGCAAAACCCACUUCGAGGAAAGUGAAGAAGAAGAAGAGAUCGAAUCUUCAUCCGAAGAAGAGAAAUCCGAUGACACCAUUGAUUCUGAUGAAGAGGAAGAGAUAGAGCGUGAAUUAGCAGAAGUUACAUUCGAAGAGCUACAAAAAGCACGAGCCGAUGGUACUGAUUCAAUUUCUCGCAAACCCCAAACAGAGACCAAGCGUCGUCGCGCUAACAAGAAUAGGCCAAUGGAGCUUAGUAGCAAGAAGCCAGUAAGGUCAUUUAGACAGGUUAUUCAAGCUCCUAAAAAGGUGGUACGAGACCCCCGUUUUGAAUCUUUAUGUGGUAAUCUCGACGUCGAGGGAUUCAGAAAAAGAUAUAAUUUUCUGUUUGAGAACAACCUACCAGCUGAAAGAGAGGAGGUGCAGAAACAACUUAAAAAAGCCAGAGACCCGAAAGUCGUUAGUGAACUAAAGAACCAUAUUUCUUGGAUUGACAAGCAAUUAAAGUUCGAGUCAGCAAAGAAUACCGAUGCAGUGAUUCUGUCUGCACACAAGAAGAAAGAAAAAGAAGCAGCAAAGCACGGGAAGCGCCCUUACUAUCUUAAGAAAUCUGAAAUUCGGAAGCAAAGGCUCAUCGAGAAGUAUAAAAAGCUCAAGGCAUCCGGAAAACUCGAAUCCUUCAUCGAGAAAAGGAGAAGAAAGAAUGCUGCUAAGGAUCAUAGAUUUAUGCCUUAUCGUCGACCCAAUAACAAUGGUGAGCAACAAAGUUAAUGAUUCCAUAGGGUUUUUAUGGUCCUUCAUCUUGGAUGGUUAAGAAAUGCCAUUUAUAGUUGGUGUUGAGAUUAGAUUUAGGGUUUUGACUGGCAUUGUGCUAUCAUUCAGUGAGUGGGAAAAAAUGAUAUUUUUUGAUCUCACUGUUUUGAGAUUUUGUUAUAAGCUAUAGAUUUUAUUUGAUUGGAUUAUUAUCUAAUUUGAUUCUAAAUGAAACUCGACGAAUUAUUUACAA